AUGAACUGUUUAUCAAAUCAAGAUAUUAUUGAACUACUCGACUUACCAGAUGAAAUGAUCUUGAACAUAAUGAACAAAGUCAAACCUCAAGCGUUGUUGCUUUGUUCUAUUAUUAAUAUUGGAAAUCAUCGCUUGGAACAGCUUGCUCUUGAUAAAUAUCAUUCAAUUGAUCUAACUUUUGAUUAUGAAUAUUAUCCUCAUGGAUUACUUCUUAAACGAUUUUAUAUAGAUGUUUUUCCUCGUAUUUACAAUAAUAUUCAAUCAUUAACAAUCCAUACAAAACAUUUGUUCCCUAUUCAUACUGCUCUCGAUGCAAUACCUGAUACACUUCUUCCAAAUUUAAGACAUUUGAAAAUAUUAAUAAACCGUCGUCAUCCUCAUAUUGGAACACCUUUUACAAUAGCUUUCUAUUACGACCAGCGAUCAUAUAAUUUUCCUCUUUACGCAACUGUACCUCAAUUUGUUUAUAUGAGAGAUAAACUCAUUGAUGCACUUUUACUAUGGAUCCGUUCUGCACCACUUAUGAGUUCUAUUAACUCUUUUGAAUUUGAUCAUUAUGCUCCACUAAUAGUGCCUGUUAAUAAUGAAAACUUAUUCUUUGCUCAAUCAUCUUAUCUUACUGAUGUAUCCAUCACAUUAAAAGAAUUACCUGAUUGUGUUCGUUUACUGAAUCAACUGGGCUCCCAAUUAUAUUCAUUUACUGUGAACAUUAUAGACGCUUGUGUAGGCAAUGUCGAUAUCACAUCUGAAAUCGAAUCAAUUUGUUGUUGCAACUUAAAAAAAUUCAAAAUGACAAUAUAUCGUAAUAUGUUAGCCUAUGAAAAAUAUCUUCUUCCUCUUUUACAACAUUUAUCAAGUGUCAAAUAUUUAACAUUGCUAUUAGCCAUUUAUAUAACUAAAUCAAAUCGUUUUGUUGAUGGAUUCCAUUUAGAAAGAAAUAUUGUUUCACAUAUGCCUCAUUUAUGUCAAUUUGAUUUUCAUAUUCGUUCAGUAUUAAAAAAUUUUUCUUAUAUCGAACUUGAUAUUGUUCGUCAAAGUUUUGUCAAACAAAAAUCUAUGGAUUACACAAUUGAAUAUUUCAAUAAUCGAUAUGGUCAAUGUCACAUCUAUUCACUUCCAUUUAUUGGUGAUCGUCUUGAUUUUAUUUCGAAUCGAUUUCCACUUUUUGAUAAUAAAAACACAUUUAUCAAUAUUACUAUGUUAUUACUUUUUGAUGAUGUUAAACCUUUUGAAAAUGUUUUCUUUGAACGUAUUACACUUAGUUUACCUCAUCUUCGAACACUCGAAAUUUUUAAUCAAUUAGAACAAGAAGAGAAAGCGAAAAUCAGAACAACCAAUUAUAUUGAAUUUUCUCACUUGUCUACACUUAUUUUACAUUGUAUUCAUAUGGAUUAUGGGGAACAACUUCUUUGUCGAACUCAUCUUCCACAUCUAGUGGAACUUGUCAUUCGUAACAACGUAUUAUUAACAAUAAUCGAUCAAGAUAAUCAACAAGCUAGAAAUAAUUGUUUAAAUGUUGAAAGACUUUUUAUUGUCGAACCAUGGAUUGAACCAACAAGUGUUCAUUUAAAAUUUUUUCCCAAACUAUAUAUGAAAAACUUCUAA